AUGCCGGAUGAUGAAUUUUCCUUACUCAAUAGUGAAGCAGCAGUCAUGUAUAUGUUUGGGAUGUUUAGGGAUGAACCAUACAUUCAUAUCUAUGUUGGAGAGGUAAAUGAUAAUGGGGAUGUAGAAAAUAAUAAUGGGAAUCAGCAAGAUGGUGUUGAAGCUGUAGGUAAUAGCAAUAUAAAUGCUAAUCAGGGAGUUGGGACUGGUAAUGAUGGUUUAGGGGUUGGUGGGGUGAAUGAUAAUGUUGAACCAGAGGUUGAUCAUGAUGUGAAUGAAUCAGAAACAGAAUCUGAUAACUCAUACACACCUGAAAGUGAGCAAUCUUCUGAAUAUGACUCAGAUUUUGAUUAUUUCUUAGAUGGGGACACAUUAAGUGAUAACUGUGAUAUUGGUGAUGAUACUACUGAGGUAACUAGUGGGCUGGAUAGCAAUAUUAACUUAGGACAGUACCAACAAUAUGUUGAAUUAAUUAGUGGUGAUUAUAGAGCCUUUGUUGAGGCUAGGAAAGAGGGUAAGUUUGUUGAGCAUGAAAAUAUUGUUGAUGCUGAAGUACUUGAAACUGCCAUUCAGUCCUCUGAUGAUGAAAAUAGAGAACAAUUUCCUGAAUUUAAUGAGGAAAGAGACAUGGUUGAUCCUAAAAUUGUGGUAGGCCUCAUUUUCCCAACCACACAUGUGUUUAGAAAGGCAAUUCGAAUGUAUUCCAUCCUUAUAGGUUUUGAGUUGAAGUUCCAAAAGAAUGAUAGUAACAAAAUCAUUGCAAUAUGCAAUAGAGAAUGUGGUUGGAGAAUAUAUGCGAGUUAUUAUAGGAAAACUAAAGCAAUGCAGGUGAAGAGCUUGAAAGGCACCCCUCAUAGAUGUCCUUGGUCUUAUAAGAAUGUUAGUGCAAAUUCAAGAUGGUUGGCUGAACACUUCAAAAAGGAAUUGGCUGAUGAUCCUGACUGGAAACUUAAGGGAUUUCGAAAGACAAUUAAAAGAAAGUUCAAAUUAAGAGUUUCUAGAUGGAAGGUGUAUAGGGCCAAGAAACAUGCACAAUCUGAAAUGUUUGGGGAUCAUAAGAAACAAUAUGCCAGACUAAGAGAUUAUUGUGCAACUAUUAUGCUGAAAAAUCCUGGUUCUGCAGCCUAUGUUAUGACAGAAGUUGUUCCAACAUCUGUCAAUCCCAUAUUUCAGAGAAUGUUUGUUAUGUUUGGGGCACAAAAGGAUGGUUUUAUAAGUGGCUGCAGACCAGUUAUAGGUUUAGAUGCUUGCCAUCUCAAAGGAAGACUUGGGGGACAUCUAAUGCAUGCUGUUGGGAGGGAUGGAAAUAAUCAGAUGUAUCCUAUAGCAAUGGCAUGCGUGGAAUCUGAAUGUAAGGAAAGCUGGCAUUGGUUUCUAGAACUUCUGACUACUCAUAUUGGAUCACCAGUUGACAUGAAUUGGGUGUUCAUUUCUGACAGACAAAAGGGUCUGGUUGAGACAUUUGAUGUGCUGUUUCCUGGGGUGGAACAUAGGUUCUGUGUUAGGCAUAUGUAUGCCAAUUUCAAACUGAGGUUUAAGGACAAGGCACUUAGGGAUAUCAUGUGGGCUGCUGCACGAGCAUAUGAGACAGAUGGAUGGUCACAAAAGAUGAGAGAACUCCAGGUUGCUAAUAGGGAAGCUUAUGACUGGUUGAGUGCUAUUCCAGCUAAUCUUUGGUCAAGGUGCAUGUUCAAUCCAAGAUCAAAAUGUGAUCUUUUGAGUAACAACGUUAGUGAAUCCUUCAACCAGUAUAUUAAAGAGGCAAGGGAGGAGCCAAUUUUAUCUAUGUUUGAAGCAAUUAGAAGACUGAUUAUGUGUAGCUACCAAGAAAAGAGAGAGUUCAUAUCUAAGGUCAAAGGAAAAAUUUGUCCAAGAAUCCAUGAUAAAGUGGAGGAAAUUAAGGCACGAGCAAUGGAAUAUGAAGCUGUUCAAGCUGGUCAAGGCAUAUGGGAGAUCACAGGCUAUGCAAGGCACAAAGUUGUUAAUCUGAAUGCAAGAACGUGUACUUGUAGAGAAUGGGAUAUAACUGGUGUUCCUUGUGUACAUGCAUGUGCAGCAAUUAUAGAUUCUGAUCGAGAACCAGCAGACCUUAUCCAUCCAUAUUAUAGUAUAGAGUACUAUUGUAGAGCUUAUAAGGGUAUGAUAGUUCCUAUUCCAGAAGAGGGUCUAUGGGUUCAAACAAGUGGCCUGCCUAUUCAACCACCAAAACUAAGGAGAAGACCUGGUAGACCAAGAAAGCUACGAAGAAAAAGUGCAGAUGAGCUUGUGAAUAAUGAUGUGGUAACCAGAAAGGGUACUAUAGCCCACUGCAGCAACUGUAAUAUGCCUGGUCAUAAUAAGAAGACAUGCAAGCAACCAAGACAGGAUGAAAGUGCCACUCAAACAAGAAGGGGAGGAGGUACAGCCCCUCCAAAAAAUAUUGGUGGAAGACCGAGAACGGUUAAUGUGGACACACAGAAUGCUAAUGUCAAUAUGACUGGUGGCAAUGGAAGGGGUAAUAGAAGGGGCAGAGGUAAUGGUAGGGGAAGAGGUAAUGGUAGGGGAGUGGAAUCCUCAAUUAGAGGUGGGGCAAGAGGGAAAAGAGGGAGAGGUGAAUUUUCAGGAUGUCCUCCACCGCUUUCUGGAUUUGGAAAUUGGAAUGGUAUUGGCAUGUCUGAUGGCAGAAAUUUCAUCCCAUCUGAUAUGGUGGCAAGGAUGGCCAUGCAAUCUCAUAACACUUCUGAAACCCGGACAGUUCAAAUGUGGACAAAUGACCCCCUGACCGGAGGCUCACAAUUGAGCACUAAUACCAAUGCUAAUGAGGGUAGUAUACCCACUACUCAGAUGCUCUUUGUAAUUGCUCAUGCUGUUGCUGUAGAUGGUUAA